GCCAACAUCGAUUUCAUUAACUAUUAAUGAUCAACCUUAUUUUGUCAUUGUUAAUAAUACAUUAUUAAUGAACUACACACUUUAUAACCAUGGUCAAACUCAAAUAACUAUUACCUUACGUGUCAUUGAUACUAUGGGUCUUCUAUCAACAGAUGGGUUUGUAAAAGCUUAUCGUCUGGCUGCAAUAAGUAACGUAAGUGAUACAAUUGCAAUGGACGUAAUAAACAUUCCUGAUAUGAAUUCAAAUACUACUGUAAUCACCAAUGCCGUUGUGUUUAGUAUUGCUGCACUUGAUUACAAAUAUGAUCAAAGUACACCAGUGUAUAUAAAGCGAGACGAUGUUCAUCUUACCAAUCAAACUGAUUAUCAAAAACCAACAGUUACACCAUCACCAUUAGAUAAUUUUGCCAUGACUUUGGAAUCAUCACUGAUACAUUUCAUUUUAUAUAUGUUGAGCUUCUUUGUAAUGCUUCAUUAA